UUCCUUCGAAGUGAAACUGUGCUCGCGAACGAGAUACUCGUAGGCCAACGUAUGCCCGACGUUUCGGCGUACGCGGAAAAUCAAACGGAGACGCAGUGUCCGCCGCUCGUCAUCGUCGACGACUCUCGCGAUCUCGUGUGAACUCGUUCGACGUGCCGCUAACGGUCGAACCUUUGAACUCGCUAGUGCGACGAAUGAAUUUUUCCUUCCCGAUGCUGGAGACACCGAGUGCGCAGUAAUGGUCGCUUAAAAUAUCCUUCAAGGCUCUCGAUCGUUGAAAAUGGGAGCAACUUCAUCCCUCGUCGAAUGAGUGCAGUGCCGUGGAAAAGUGAGACUUCAAUCCGCCGAGUGUUCCCGAAGAACAAUAAUACCCAAUCGUAUCCAUACGAACGGUGUUCGAGCGAGAGAAUAACGGUCGCCCGUCGGGGAGUCGAAUAUCCGAGCGAACAGGGAAGAGGAUCGGAAGAGGGCCGUGACAAUGUGAUAUCGCGAAGGCUGGCAGCGUGUCCGAGGGAAGGCGAGCAGGAAGUCGGCGUCGAAAAUGUGAGCCGCACGUGCACGUGGUGCCAAAACUGAACUCGGGAACGAUCUUGGCACGGCUGGUAGAAAGAUCGGGCCGCCCUUUCUUCGAACAAGUGGACCGCUGAAACAGUGUCGCCCGUGAAAGCUGCAGCGCUAGCCGAUGCGCCGGCCACGUAACAGAGAAACGAACGAACGGGCGAGCGACAGGCUUCUUCCAAGCGGUCGCAUCCGGCGGUGAAACGGAAGAAGGAGGAAGGUUGAAAAAUUAUUUUUACUCCGGCCCCUGAAACGUUCCGGCGCCCUUCGCCGCCCCCGCGUUCCCGUGGGUCUCGUGGGUCCCGAGCGCCGACAGUCCAGGCGACGCGACCCGCGGGAAUUCAUUGCCACGCUUUCCGGCCAUCGGACGACCAAACAAAUGUCGAGGAUGCUGCGACUGGAGAUGGUGGGUCUCGUGCUCCUGGCCUGCACCCAGAUCUUCACCGAGCACCGAGACUUUUACGAGCCGAGGACCCAAUAUGGCUACUAUCAGAGGUACCACGAGGGACCCGACCAUCUCACCAGGGAGGUCAGGGUGAAACAAGGACGUCUGCGCGGCAUGGUCGUUCAGCCAAGGUCCAAUCACGAUCUCCAGCCGGUCGACGUUUUCCUCGGAGUGCCGUACGCGGAGCCGCCGGUCGGAUCUUUAAGGUUCUCGCCGCCCAGAUCGCCGGAGCCGUGGCGGGUCGUGCGACAAUCCCUCGAUUUCGCGCCGGUGUGCCCGCAAGUGGUGCCCAAACUGCGGGACGAGGUGAAACCGGCCCGCUACGAGUACCUCGAGAGGCUGCUACCCUAUCUGAAGAACCAGAGCGAGGACUGCCUCUACCUGAACAUCUACGCGCCCCACCAGCCCGAAGGACAGAAACCGCUGCGGAAAUAUCCGGUGAUGGUGUUCAUACACGGCGAGAGCUUCGAGUGGAACAGCGGCAACCCGUACGACGGCACAAUAUUGGCAGCUUACGGGAACGUCGUGUUCGUCACCAUCAACUUCCGUUUAGGCAUCCUCGGUUUCUUGAGACCAGGCACCAGGGACGACACGGCGAGCAAUUUCGGGCUGCUCGAUCAAAUUGCUGCGUUAUUAUGGCUCAGGGAGAACAUCGCUGAAUUCGGUGGCGAUCCGAACAGCGUUACACUGGUCGGCCACGGUACCGGCGCCAUUUUUGCUAAUCUGCUGCUUAUCAGCCCUGUGGCUAAUAAGAAAGGUCUGUUUAAACGGGCGAUAUUGAUGUCCGGAUCAGCGUCGAGCGCGGACGCGAUUGGAAAGGCUCCCCUGCAAAUCACCAAACAGGUGGCGCACGCCUUAAAUUGUCCUACGACGACCGACAGCGACCUGGCGUUCUGUUUGCGCGACCAGGACGUGAACACGCUGCUGGAUGUGAAGAUUCACAAGCCGAAAUACGUGCCCGCGUUCGCGCCGCUGAUCGAUAACGCUGUCGUCCCGGACAAGCCUCUGACUUUAAUGAAAAACUCCCAGUUGUUCGGCAGGUUCGAUUUGAUGUAUGGUGUCACUGAGUCGGAAAAAUUUCAUAUUCUGCCACCGGUUGCUUUGUUGCACGGAAUGCUGGACGAGCAAAGGGACGAUGUGCUCAGGGAUCACGCGAAGGCGACGCACGAACUGGAACCGGAGCUCAUUCUAUCAAAGAUUCUGGAACAAUACGGCGAUUUCUCGGCUGGGUACACGAACGAGUACGCGACGAAGAAUCGGGAUCUGGUGCUGGAGGCGCUCUCCGACAGCGGUACCGUCGCCCCAUUAAUAAUGACCGCGAAUUUACAUUCAAGGGCGAACCCGAAGAGCUACAUGUACGUUUUCUCGCAUCCGAAGGCGAUGCAGGACUACUCGGGCCAACAACGCCAGCGCACCGUGCACGGCGAAGAGCUGCCCUACGUGCUCGGCGUGCCUCUCGACGGGAAUAAAUACGAGCUGCGACGCCGAUACAACAUCGGCGAGACGCUGUUUUCGGAGGCCAUGAUGAACUGGUGGUGCAGCUUCGCGUACGUCGGGAACCCGAAUAUCGCGAAACGGUACCCAUACCUGACGGACGGAUUGAAGGAAUGGGGGCAGUACGAGAUCGAGUGGCCAGAAUACGAUCCCCACAACCAGACCUAUUUGAAUCUGACAAUUCCACCAACGAUUGGCUCGCGGUACCGCGCGACGGAGAUGCUGUUUUGGAACGAGCACCUGCCGAACCUGCUGCGUCAUCCGAACAAAGAUACACUGUCGCCGUUGUUACCGAAAAGGCCGCGACCGUCGAUUCUCGACAAAGCGGACGGGAUCGGAAGGUACGCGAACGCUAGUAACAACAGGAACUACGAAACCUACGGCACUAGGUACCCGUCAAAGGAGCUACAUCUAAUACCGUCCGCCACGACAGAGGCCGGCGACAAAGCGACGACGCCGGAUUCCACGUCGAGUCGACCGGACGAAGAGACCGUGUCGCAGCCGAGCACGCCAAAGAGCUCCUCGGUGAUCACGAUGCUGACGGGUCUCGGCGUGGUCUUCCUCCUGAUAAACUUCACCGCGUUCCUCUACCUAUACUGCAAGAAACAGGACCUGAAGAGCAAGGAGGCCGGCCUUAAGCGGCGGGCCAGCCAGAAGGAGGAGUCGAAGCGUGCCAAGUCUGAGAAAUACGAUAACCACUACGGCGAGCUGGGUUACAAGAGCGACAGCAAGCCGGACCUGAACGACGUCAUAAAGAACGACAAGGCAUACGACAACAACUCGAACUUCGGCAGACGCUCGAAACUGUCCAGACAGAACUCCGGCUCCACCAUCGACACCCACAUCAAGGUUCGGGAGUGGAUACAGCAGGAGAUCGUGCACAGGUGUUCGCCUAGGUACCUACGCAAAACGCGAGAAACUCUACAGAGGGAGCACCAGGACAAGCUCAGCAAACAGCAGGAGGAGGAGAAGAAGAAGCUGGAAGAGGAGAUGCUGAAAGAGAGAAAGGAGGAGCCGAUCUACGACGAGAGUCCCGCAUUAGUCGUCCGACCUGGCAAGAAGUCAAAGCUCCCGAAAGUCUCCGUGGCCGUGGACGCCACACCAGCGACGAGGACCGAAUCGAUCCUCAACCAGGUGCCGAUCGAGUUGGCGAAAGGCGUGGAGGCUCCCGACGAGCCGUUCGACGUUCAGCCGGCUCCUCAGGUGGUCGUGAUCGAGCAUCAUCACUCGAGGAGCGACCCGCUGCCGAUGGAGAACGUGCUGAGGAACGUCAAGCCGAAUUUCUCCACGACGAGGAUCUACGAGUCGGAUUCGGGCAGCGCGAGCAGCUUGUACGCGAAGAUCAAUCCGAAGAUGAAGUCCAGGCUGCCUCGCGUCGAGCUCGGCGUGAAUACGGAAGCGCCCGCCGCGGACGAGGCGGAGGAGAUUUACAUAAAAACCGGAGCGAAGCUGACCACGUUCGCCGCUAGUAUCACGCCGUGCGACAUAAACGUAACCUGCAGGGAGCCGAUAGCGGAGAGAGAGUGCAUCAGCCCGGAGGAGGCGUUGAGGACGAUCAAGCGCAGGAACUACCCGAAGGUGCUCCCAGACAUCGAGAAGAGGCGAUCGUUGCCGGCGCCGAGCAGCCUAUUCGUACCCAAACAGCAUGCCAAUUCGCUGAGGGACUACGUCAAAGGGGGGCUUCACUUAUCCCCGACCUCUCACCAGCCGCCGCAGCCUCCGCCGAGGAUGUUCGGUCCGUCGAGGAGCUUGGACUUCGCCGAGGAGAACGAGAACCAGUUCGAGACCGAGCCGGUCACGACCAAUCUCCACGUCGGCCCGUUGCUAAGGCGACAGGACGGCUCGAAAAACAAUUCCGACCCCAGCAUCAUUGACUCCCUCGACGAACGGAUGGACAGGUCCUCGAGGACGCAGGCCGGCGGCAGCGUGGACACGAUCUACUCGAACCCCAUGUGUCCCGUUCACGGGAUCGGCCAGCCAAUUUCUCAGAGCGUGGACAAGAACAUCGGCAUCCCGACCGCCCUCCUCGAGACUGGCAUCGGGAACCCGAAUUGGUACAAGUGCACCUCGGGGAACGAGACCUCCAUCACCACCGCGUCUUCGGAGCCGCGGAUCAUAGGCAAGGAGGCGUCUAAUCAGAUCCAGUUCGGGUCUAAUUGGGAGACGAGGACCCCGGCUAUGGAGCCGAGGAUCGUGAUCACGCCAAGAGUGGGCAAUCUUCUUGGCCAGGCGAAUCAGAAUCUGAGUCAAACUGUUGUCAACCUGGGCGGUGGAGCUUCGAGCGAUAGAUUGGAUAAGUCGACUCCUAGUACCGUGUCCGACUCGACGAUAACCAGUAUUGGAGCGAAGUGUCAAAUCGACUCGGCUGAACGACUUCAGCAAGACUUGCCCGUCAACAGCUCGCUGCCGGAGUCCAGAAUUCCAGCGGUGGCUAACCUAGAGAGGAAAGAGCCAAGGAUAAUAAUCACCCCCAGAGACCCUAAAGGCUCUUCCUCCAGCCUGAAGCAACCGAAGAUCAUCAUCAAGCCCACGUCGAGUCUGCAGAGGACCAGGGACCAGAGAAACAUACCCAAAGUCUCGGCUAUUCCGUCGCCAGAGGCUCAGUGUCCACAGAUCAGUGAGAAGGACAGGCUGCUGGACCAACGGGAGAAGCCUCCGUUAAAGGAAAAACCAAAGGUUACGAGGAUCCCGUCAUUUUCCAGGCGCAUGGACGAUCCUUCUGGCGGAAUCGAGAGGCCAGGUGCUCCCGUGUACGCUGAGAAAGUCGAGAUCGUGCAGAGGGUGGAGGCGGUGGCCGGCAAAGGCUCGAACGCCUGUAUAACUGGCGACGGUAAGUCGAGCAUUCCGACGUUGCAAAGGAAGGACGCUGAAAAGUCCUCGAGUGCGGACUCCAGUAAUGGGAAUUCGAACACCGGGACGAUCAAGAAGAAGCCUGUGAACAGGAAGUAGCUGAUACCCGCAAAUGACGCAUUAGGGCAGCUGGACAUCAUCUUCUUUCCGGUAACCCGAUUUUGUCGCGACCGCUCGAGACGCGUUGACGAGGAGACAAAUGAGUUUAGUGGGAUUCUGGGAUUUUGGAUUCCCCAAGGAAUCGGCUCUGUUCAGUUGUGCUCCGACAUUAUUCGAUGACUGAAUUUCAGGCAUUAUGAAGAGGCGCAGGAAUAUAAAUUAAUUGAGGUCUGAUUAAGAGGGACACUUGGGUGAAAUGGAACAUCUGCUUCAUUCGUAUUUAAUUAAUUAUUAAGAGACGAUUACGGUGAUUCGAGUUUGCUGGUAGGCUAACCGAAUGCUUCAAAGUUGGAUAGUCGGGUGUUUGCUUGUAAGAUGAAUUCAAUUUAUCGAGAGAUCGUCGAGGAUGCUCUGUUACGUGCCUUCGAACAAUGUAAAUAUUAUCCUUGAAUGUAUCGCGGUGUUUUCCGAUAUUCAAUUGGAAUUUUCUCGGGACAACGAUGUAACGUCCGACGUAUUCGAUUAAGGGGCUAGCGUAGAAUAAGUUUCCGCAAUAAUAUUCAUCGCGGAGAGCCGUGCAUUUGCGUAAUGCGCUUCGGUAUAGUUUCCACGUCGUCGGGGAAGUGUAGAUAUCGGUUUCUUUUUUUAUAAACAGCCGUGGCGCGUUGGUCGUGUAUAUAGUUCGUUCAUAAAUGGAGCCGCGAGAGCUACUUCGAGGACACUACACGAGUAGCCGAGCAGUUCUUUCUGCCUUCGGAGUAAAGGAAAUUUUUAAGGACCAUCAUUUUAUACUGGCGAAAGAGGGAGGAGCGUUUGAAAUAUUUUCUUAACUCGCGCACUUGAACUUGUAUUAAAAAAGUUUCUUUGAAGUACGAUAACAAUCUCCAGCCAGGAAUGUGGAAGAUUGUUAUUCGCAGUAACCCUUCAAGACUGUACUCAAAUAUGUAAUAAGUAGACUGCGGAUGUUUGUGUAAACCCAAAAUUCCCGAGGUUAAUUCGUGAAAAAGAAACUUCCACGAAAUUCUAUUCCCCGCGCUAGAGGUUUUAUCCCGUUCGCGGUAACAGGCAUUUAUCUUUGGACUUUAUAUAAAGCUCGUUUUCGCUGAGUUUCACGGGACAGAUGAUGCUGUGAGCGCAUGAACUUCCGCAGUCCAGUAAUAAGUCCGGUAAUAAGUAGUUGCGUCUAGUAUACAUGCAUUUCUCCAGA